AUGGCAUUCCCUCGUCGGCCAUCCACAGUCCUCCGCUAUGUCAUACCGGCUCUCCUUCUCACCCUCACCCUCUAUAUCCUCGCCGAGCCCAUCGACUUCUCAUUGAUCGGCCCCCUCCUGCUUUCGACGCCACUGGGUCGCUGGUGCUUCCCCAAUGAACACCCCAUUGACAAGCUGAUCAAGGCGGCCGAAGAAGAGUUCACAACCACGACAUCCAAAGAAACCCAGAACCUCGCAGAUGCGGCGGCCGCCUACCGCAAACGGCGGGGUCGACACCCGCCCCCGGGGUUCGACGAGUGGCACAAGUUUGCAAAGGAUAAUAAGAACGCAAUCAUCGUCGAAGAUUUCUGGGACCAGAUAUACCACGAUCUUGAACCGUUUUGGGCCCUCAAACCAGCACAGAUACGCCGGAACGCCCGCGAGUUCGAAAUGCGCAUCGAAGUUCGCGACUACAAAGCCUCCACUGGGAGCGGCUGGUUCUGGACGCAGAUCUGGCUGGAUAUGAUCAAAACGAUCGAACACUUACUUCCAGAUAUGGAUCUGGCCCUCAAUGCGAUGGAUGAGCCGAGGAUGGUGGUGCCGUGGGAAGAGAUUGACCGGCAUAUGCACAAGGCUGUUAAGACGAGGAAGAUGGUAGAUGUGAAGAAGGUUGUGUCGGAGUUUGGGAAGCUGCCACCGCUUGGACAGGCGCCGCCGGAGAAAGGAGAGGCUCAGGAAAUAACCUGGGAGCAUGACAAGCACUACUGGCUCAUCGCCCGCCGCGGCUGUCCUCCCACUAGCGCAGCCCAAAAGGCCGCGAUCGUAACUGACUUCAAUCAGACCCCCGCCAUCGCUAGUCCCUUCAGCCUGGCACACAUGCAAGACGGCUACGUAGCCAACUACACACUAAGCACUACCGUGUGCCAUCAGCCGGACCUGCAAGCCCUCGAAGGUAUUUUCGUCGAGCCCCUCAGCGUUUCCGCGACCAAAUCCCUCCUACCCAUUUUUGGUGGGUCGAAACUGGCCGUCAACAACGAUAUCCUCCUACCAGCGCCCAUGUAUUGGAACGAGGAGGAACGCUUUAUGGGUGCGGAGGGAGCCUCCAUUCCCUGGUCGGCCAAACAAUCCACGGCCAUUUGGCGCGGUGUCGCGACAGGCGGUACCAACAGGCCCACGAAUUGGCGUGCCUUCCAGCGUCACCGCUUCGUCGCCAUGAACAACGCGACCCAGUUGAGCCUCACCGCACCACCAUCAUCGUCACAAACACCCCAGCUCCCACCCAACUUCGCCUUGCCCGACAAGCGUUACCGGCACCUCCCCUCCCCCUCCUCCCCCGCCUUCACGGACUGGAUUUCCUCAACCACCUCGAUCGCCCUCACAGACCUAAUGUGCCUGUACCCGGAUGCCAGGCCCAGCUGCAACUAUACCGCGCCCUACUUCACCCUGGCCCCGGCGAUGCCCAUGGCUGAACAAUUCCGCCACAAAUACCUCCCCGACAUCGACGGCAACUCCUUCAGCGGCCGCUACCUCGGCUUCCUGCGCUCCACGUCGCUGCCCAUCAAGGCCACACUAUGGCGCGAGUGGCACGAUGCGCGGCUGGUCGCGUGGAAGCACUUUGUACCGAUGGAUAGUCGUUUUGGGGACUGGUAUGGCGUGUUGGAGUAUUUUGUUGGCGUGGGUGGAAAGGGGGGUAGGGAUGCCGUCGCGGAGAGGAUUGCGAGGGCGGGGAGGGAGUGGGCGGGGAAGGUGCUCCGUCGUGAGGAUAUGCAGGUGUAUGUGCUGAGGUUGUUGCUGGAGUAUGCGCGCGUGGUGGAUGAUAGAAGAGAGGUGAUGGGGUGGGUUGGGGAUUUGCAGUGA